AUGUGGCAGGUUGGGAUUCCAAAGAAAGAAGCACUAAAUGCCAGGGUGAUCAUCCCAGAGGAUUUGUUAGGGGAACUAAAUGUGCAGAGAGCUGCAGCGUAUCCUGAUGACAGACAGCACGAGAAAGGGAUGUUCUACCUGGGUAUGUCCAGCAGAGAGAAGAUCGGGGUGUGGAGUUUAUAUGAGGAUCUAGAGCCCUGUCGCUCCAAGUGUAACAACCUGAACAGAAGUGACUCCAUGUUGUUGAACCUUCAAAGUGAAGUAGAAUGUCUCAUGAGACUUUUCCACAGCUUGGUGGGAAGGACCGCUCAAACAUUUGGUAACAUUGGCCUAGAUUGUAACAUGUUUCGAGGGAUCCUGCACAGCAUAUUUGGAAUGACUGAUGAUAUACUGAUGGGUAGGGUGUUCUUUGCAUUUGAUGAAGACAAUGAUAACUCCAUAAAUGUUAAAGAGUGGGUUAAAGGGUUAUCAGUGUUUCUUUGAGGGACUUUUGAAAAAAAGCUGACGUUCUGUUUUGAAGUUUAUUAUUUGAAUGGAGAUGGUUACAUUUCUCGAGAGGAAAUAUUUAACAUGUUGAAGAACAGUCUACACCAACAGUCAUCUGAAGAAGAGACUGAGGAAGGAAUAAGAGGGUUGGUAGAUAUAACACUGACAAAAAUGGAUUUUGACAAUGUUGGCAAGAUACCUUUUGCAGACUUUGAAAAAGCAGUGAGAGAAGACAGACUUCUGUUGGAGGUGUUUGGACCAUGUUUACCAGAGGCAAAGGUACAAUUACCAAUGCCAACAGCCCAGAUUAGAGGGAAAAUUUAA